AUGAUGGGAAAGGAACAGUUCCGUGAGUCCGAUUUGGCGCAAAAAGUCCUUGGCGUAAAAUUUGUGCCUGCCGACAGUGAUUUUAUGCGACAAGCCGCACACAUUCGUGUCAUCAACAAUCGACUAUAUGAAGAUCUCCCUGGGAAAUGGAUUCCUGCUCAUUGUGGACCGCUUGAUCUGCGCUUGGUUGGUCGCUCCUAUUUGCUCGAAACGUUUUAA